GCUGUCGAUAUUCAACCAGCAUGCCUUGGACUUUAUUGUGGGAAGACCCUGUUAUUUAAAAAUGACUCAACUGAAAUAUAUGGAGAAUGUGGGGUCUGCCCAAGAGGGCAGAGAACAGAUGUACAGAAGUACUGCCGGCCUUGCACGGAGUCCCCGGAACUUUAUGACUGGCUCUACCUUGGGUUCAUGGCUAUGCUGCCUCUUGUUUUACAUUGGUUCUUCAUCGAAUGGUACUCAGGGAAAAAGAGCUCCAGCGCCCUCUUCCAGCACGUCACUGCGUUGUUUGAGUGCGGCAUGGCAGCCGUUGUCACCCUGCUGGUGAGCGACCCGGUCGGUGUUCUCUAUAUCCGGUCCUGUCGUGUGUUGAUGCUCUCAGACUGGUACACGAUGCUUUACAACCCAAGCCCGGAUUAUGUCACCACGGUGCACUGUACUCACGAGGCCGUCUACCCGCUGUACACCAUCGUGUUUAUUUAUUAUGCCUUCUGCUUGGUGUUGAUGAUGCUGCUCAGACCCCUCCUCGUGAAGAAGAUUGCGUGUGGGUUGGGGAAGUCUGACCGAUUUAAAAGUAUUUAUGCUGCACUUUAUUUCUUCCCGAUAUUAACUGUGCUUCAGGCAGUUGGUGGAGGCCUUUUAUAUUAUGCCUUCCCAUAUAUUAUAUUAGUGUUAUCUUUGGUAACUCUGGCUGUAUACAUGUCAGCUUCUGAAAUAGAGAACUGCUACGAUCUUCUGGUCAGGAAGAAAAGACUUAUUGUUCUCUUCAGCCACUGGUUACUUCAUGCCUAUGGAAUAAUCUCCAUUUCCAGAGUGGAUAAACUCGAGCAGGAUUUGCCCCUCUUGGCUUUGGUACCUACACCAGCCCUUUUUUACUUAUUUACCGCAAAAUUUACCGAACCUUCACGGAUACUCUCAGAAGGAGCCAAUGGACAUUGAAUACGCAGUGCCAGAAGCCUAAGAAGUAUUCUUUUUUUUUUUUUUUUUUUUUUGGUACCGGGGAUCGAACUC